AUGUCAGAAUCUAAGAUCCCGCUUUUCAAGAUGAAGGGCCUGAUCUUGCUCCUGUGCCUCCUGGGAACAAGUUUUGCAGUGCCGGCAUUUCCUCAGCAACCUGGGACACCGGGCAUGGCUAGUCUGAGUCUUGAGACAAUGAGACAGUUGGGAAGUCUGCAGGGGUUAAAUGCGCUUUCUCAGCUUUCUAAAUUUGGCCAAUUUGGAAAAUCACUUAAUUCCUUGUGGCUGCAAGGUCUUCUCCCACCACCUUCCUCUUUCCCAUGGAUGAGGCCAAGGGAGCAGGAGACUCAACAGUAUGAAUAUUCUUUGCCUGUGCAUCCCCCACCUCUCCCAUCACAGCCAUCCCUGCCGCCUCCACAGCCGGGAAUGAAAUCCUUCCUCCAGCCAACUGUUGCGCCAGCCAUCCAGGGCACACCCCGCAAGGGAGGGCCUCAGCAUCCGAUGCACCCGGGACAGCUGCCCUUGAAGGAUGCAGAAGUACCAGAGGUUGAACAGCAGGUGGCGCCAUCAGAGAAGCCUCCAAAUCCUGAGCUCCCAGCAAUGGAUUUUGCUGGCCCACAAGUUCCAACUGUGUUCCAAAUAGCCCGCUUGAUACCUCGGGGACCACUGCCACAAAACACACAUGCUGCGCUUUAUCCAGGUAUGUUUUACAUGUCCUAUGGAGCAAAUCAAAUGAAUGCCCCUGCCAGACUUGGCAUCAUGAGUUCAGAAGAAAUGCCCGGAGAAGGAGGAGGACCAAUGGGCUACGGAGCCAUAUUCCCAAGAUUCGGAGGCAUCAGGCAAAGCCUUGGUGAAAUGCCCCGCAACCCGGCCAUGGGUGGGGAUUUUACUCUGGAGUUUGACUCCCCAGGGGCUGCAACCAAAGGUCCUGAGAAGGGAGAAGGAGGCACACAAGACUCUCCCAUGCCAGAGGCCAACCCAUCCAAUCCUGCAAACCCAGGUCUCCUUCAAGAGCUAGCACACGGCGUUCAUGCGGGCCUCCUGGCUUUCCCGAAGGACCAUGUUCCCAGCCUGGCGAUGGGCCCUGCGGGGCAGAGGAUGGGACCCCCCCGGGUCACCCCCGCACCUGUUGGUCCACUGGCAACCCCUGAAGUAGCUGAGGUGUAUGAUAUGUAUGGCCCUGAUAUGACCACACCUUUGGGUUUCCAGGAAGAAUCUACCACGGAUACCCCAAUGACCCCAAACACUCAGGAAAUACCCAUGUUGGGCAACAAAGAUCAGCAGCCCCAGAUCAUGCGUGAUGCGUGGCGCUUCCCAGAGCCCUGAUGGGCCUGAUGGCCCUGAGAUCACAGCUACUUCCUGUAUGCAUAAGCUGCCCAGCCUUGUCCCUGUAGUGUACCUUUUUGCUAAAACACUUAUUACCCUUCUGCAGCAAAGGCAUUAAACACACAAAGCAUGUACUAAUAAACACAAGUGGCUAGAAAUAGUGUAGGUGGCCUUCUUGCUGUCCUCUUGCUGAAAUAAAAUGUGUUGACUGUGAUAUAAAAGCAUGAUUGAUAA